AUGGAUAGUGAAGGUAAGCUUUAUGAAAGUAACAUGAAGUUUGAUAUCGGAGUUAAGAUAAUACAAUUGAUUAUCUUUGUGCUAAAGGUGAGUCGGAUGGCGAUGAAGAUGUCGAAUGGAGAGACAGUGACGGUAAUGAUCUCGUCGAUAGUAACGGUAAACCUAAUGAAACUUAUCAUGAAGAUUCAAAACGGAAUCAAGGUGAUACUAACGACUCUCUUUGUGCUGCAGGUGAGCCAGAUGGCGAUGAAGAUGCCAAUUGGAUAGAUAGUGAAGAUGGUGACUUUAUCGAUAGUGAAGGUAAGCUUUAUGAAUGUAACAUGGAGUUUGACAUCGGAAUUGAAAUGAUACAAACGGCUUUCUUUGUGCUAAAGGUGAGCAGGAUGACGAUGAAGAUGUCGAGUGGAGAGACAGUCACGUUGAUGGCUUCGUCGAUAGUGAUGGUAAGCCUCAUGAAACUUAUCAUAAAAAUUGGCUUCGGAAUAAGGAUGAUAUUAACAACUCUCUUUGUGUUACAGGUGAGGCACAUGGUGAUGAAGAUAUCGAGUGGAGUGACAGUGAUGAUAAUUCUAUUGAUAGUGAAGGUAACCCUUAUGAAACAAAUCAUAAAUUCCAUUUCAGAACUAGGAUUAUACUAACGACUCUCUUUUUGCCAAAGGUGAGCCGGAUGCCGUUAGAGAUACCGAUGAGAGAGACCGUGACGAUAAUGACCUCAUCGAUAGUGAAGGUAAGCGUAAUGAAAGUUACCAUGAAGAUUCACAUCGUAAUCAAGAUGAUGUAAACGACUCUCCCUGUUAUAAAGGUGAGCCAGAUGGCGGUGAAGAUGUCGAGUGGAGUGGCAGUGAAGAUGAUGACUUCGUUGAUAGUGAAGGUAAGUCUUACGAAAGUAACGUGAAGAUUGACAUCGGAAUUAAGAUGAUACAAAUGACUAUCUUUGUGUUAAAGGUGGGCAGGAUGGUGACAAAGAUGCCGAAUGGAGAGACAGUGACGAUGAUGACCUCGUUGAUAAUGAUGGUAAGCUCACCGAAACUUAUCAUGAAGAUUGACAUCGGAACUAAGAUGAUACUAAAGACUCUCUUUGUGCUACAGGCGAGCAAGAUAGCGAUGAAGUUGCCGAUUGGAGAGACAGUGAAGAUGACGACCUCAUCGAUAGUGAAGGUAAGCUUUAUGAAAGUAACAUGAAGUUUCAUAUUGGAGUUAAGAUAAUACAAAUGACUAUCUUUGUGCUAUAGGUGAGUUGGAUGGCGAUGAAGAUGUAGAAUGGAAAGACAGUGACGGUAAUAAUCUCGUCGAUAGUAGCGGUAAGCCCCAUGAAACUUAUCAUGAAGAUUCAAAACGGAAUCAAGAUGAUACUAAAGACUCUCUUUGUGCUACAGGUGAGCCAGAUGGCGAUGGAAGUGCCGAUUGGAUAGAUAGUGAAGAUGGUGACUUCAUCGAUAGUGAAGGUAACCUUUAUGAAUGUAACAUGGAGUUUGACAUAGGAAUUGAAAUGAUACAAACGGCUUUCUUUGUGCUAAAGGUGAGCAGGAUGACGAUGAAGAUGUCGAGUGGAGAGACAAUCACGAUGAUGGCCCCGUCGAUAGUGAUGGUAAGCCCCAUGAAACCUAUCCUGAAAAUUGACAUCGGAAUAAGGAUGAUAUUAACAACUCUCUUUGUGCUACAGGUGAGGCAGAUGGUGACGAAGAUAUCGAGUGGAGUGACAGUGAUGAUAAUUCUAUUGAUAGUGAAGGUAACCCUUAUGAAACAAAUCAUAAAUUCCAUUUCAGAACUAGGAUUAUACUAACGACUCUCUUUUUGCCAAAGGUGAGCUGAAUGACGAUGGAGAUACCGAUGGGAGAGACCGUGACGAUAAUGACCUCAUCGAUAGUGAAGGUAAGCCUAAUGAAAGUUACCAUGAAGAUUCACAUCGUAAUCAAGAUGAUGUAAACGACUCUCCCCAUUAUAAAGGUGAGCCAGAUGGCGGUGAAGAUGUUGAGUGGAGAGACAGUGAAGAUGAUGACCUCAUUGAUAGUGAAGGUAAGCCCUAUGAAAGUAACGUGAAGAUUGAAAUAGGAAUUAAGAUGAUGCAAAUGACUAUCUUUGUGCUAAAGGUGAGCCGGAUGGCGAUGAAGAUGUCGAAUGGAGAGACAGUGACGAUGAUGACCUCGUUGAUAAUGAUGGUAAGCUCACCGAAACUUAUCAUGAAGAUUGACAUCGGAAUUUAGAUGAUACUAACGACCCUCUUUGUGCUACAGUUGAGCGAGAUAGCGACGAAGAUGCCGAGUGGAGCAACAGUAAAGAUGAUGACUUCAUGGAUAGUGAAGGUAAGUUUUAUGAAAGUAACAUGGGGUUUGACAUCGGAAUUAAGAUGAUACAAAUGGCUUUCUUUGUGCUAAAGGCAAGCCGGCUGGCGAUGAAGAUGUCGAGUGGAGAGACAGUGACUAUGAUGACCUAGUCGAUAGUGAUGGUAAGUCCCAUGAAACUUUUCUUGAGAAUUGACAUCGGAAUUAGGAUGAUAUUAACAACUCUUUUUGUGCUAUAGGUGAGGCAGAUGGCGGUGAGGAUCUCGAGUGGAGUGACGAUGAUUACAUUUCUAAUGAUAGUGAAGGUAACUCCAAUGAAACUAAUCACGAAACUCACAUCAGAAUUACGAUAAUACUUACAGCUCUUUUUGUGCUAAAGGUGAGCUGGAUGGAGAUAAAGACACCGAUUGGAGAGACAGUGAGGAUGAUGACCUCAUAGAUAAUGAAGGUAAGCCUCAGAAAACUUUUUCAUGGAGAUUGACAUUGAAAUUAAGAUGAACUGAAGGCUGUCAUUGUACUAAAGGUGAGCUAAAUGACGAUGAAGAUGUCGAGUGGAGUGGCAAUGAAGAUAAAGACUUCAUUGAAGGUAAGCCUUAUAAAAGUAACAUGGAUAUUGACAUCGGAAUUAAAAUGAUACAAAUGGCUAUCUUUGUGCUUAAGGUGGGCAGGAUGUCGAUGAAGAUGUCGAUGAAGACGCCGAAUGGAAAGAGAGUGACGAUGAUGACCUCGUUGAUAAUGAUGGUAAGCUCACCGAAACUUAUCAUGAAGAUUGACAUCGGAAUUAAGAUGAUAUUAACGACUCUCUUUGUGCUACAGGUGAGCGAGAUAGCGAUGAAGAGGCCGAGUGGAGGGACAGUGAAGAUGAUGACUUCAUGGGUAGUGAAGGUAAGCUUUAUGAAAGUAACAUGGAGUUUGACAUCGGAAUUAAGAUGAUACAAAUGGCUUUUGUUGUGCUAAAGGUGAGCCGGAUGAAGAUAAAGAUACCGAGUGGAGAGACAGUGAGGAUGAUGACCUCAUCGAUAAUGAAGGUAAGUCUCGGAAAACUUUUUCAUGGAGAUUGACUUUGAAAUUAAGUGGAUACUGAAGGCUCUCAUCGUACUAAAGGUGAUGGCGAUGAAGAUGUCGAGUGGAGUGGCAGUGAAGAUGAUGACUUCGUCGAUAGUGAAGGUAAGCCUUAUGAGGGUAACAUGAAGAUUGACAUCGAAAUUAAAAUGAUGCAAAUGGCUCUCUUUGUGCUAAAGGUGGACAGGAUAUCGAUGAAGAUGUCGAGUGGAGAGACAGUGACGAUGAUGACCUCGUUGAUAAUGAUGGUAGGCUCCCUGAAACUUAUUAUAAAGACUGACAUCGGAAUUAAGAUGAUACUAACGACUCUCUUAAACGACUCUCCCUGUUAUAAAGGUGAGCCAGAUGGCGAUGAAGAUGUCGAGUGGAGAGAUAGUGAAGAUGAUGUCUUCAUAGAUAGUGAAAGUAAGUCUUACGAAAGUAACGUGACGAUUGACAUCGGAAUUAAGAUGAUACAAAUGACUAUCUUUGUGCUAAAGGUGAGCAGGAUGCUGACGAAGAUGUCGAAUGGAGAGACAGUGACGAUGAUGACCUCGUUGAUAAUGAUGGUAAGCUUCCUGAGACUUAGCAUAAAGAUUGACAUUGGAAUUAAGAUGAUAUUAACGACUCUGUUUGUGCUACAGGUGAGCCAGAUGGCGAUGAAGAUGCCGAUUGGAGAGACAGUGAAGAUGAUGACCUCAUGGAUAGUGAAGGUAAGCUUUAUGAAAGUUACUAGAGUUUAACAUCGGAGUUAAGACCAUACAAAUGACUAUCUUUGUGCUACAGGUAAGCAGGAUGAUAAUGAAGAUGUCGAGUGGAGAGACAGUCACGAUGAUGGCCUUGCCCACAGUGAUGGUAAGCCCUAUGAAACUUAUCUUGAAAAUUGACAUCGGAAUAAGGAUGAUAUUAAUAACUCUCUUUGUGCUUCAGGUGAAGCAGAUGGUGAUGAUGAUAUCGAGUGGAGUGACAAUAAUGAUAAUUCUGUUGAUAGUGAAGUAACCCUUAUGUAACAAAUCAUAAAUUCCAAAUCAGAACUAGGAUUAUACUAACGACUCUUUUUUUGCCAAAGGUGAGCCGGAUGGUGAUGAAGAUAUUGAUAGGAGAGACAGUGAAGAUAAUAACCUCAUCGGUAGUGAAGGUAAGCCUAAUGAAGUUACCAUGGAGAUUCACAUCGCAAUCAACAUGAUGUAAACGACUCUCCCUGUUAUAAAGGUGAGCCAGAUGGCGAUGAAGAUGUCGAAUGGAGAGACAGUGACGAUGAUGACCUUGUUGAUAAUGAUGGUAAGCUUCCUGAGACUUAUCAUAAAGAUUGACAUCGGAAUUAAGAUGAUAUCAACGACUCUCUUUGUGCUAUAGGUGAGCCAGAUAGCGAUGAAGAUGCCGAUUGGAGAGACAGUGAUGAUGAUGACUUAAUCGAUAGUGAAGGUAAGCUCUAUGAAAGUAACGUCGAGUUUGACAUCGGAAUUGAGGUGAUGCAAAUGGCAUUCUUUGUGCUAAAGGUGCGCAGUAUGGCGAUGAAGAUGCCGAAUGGAGAGACAGUAACGAUGAUGACCUCGUCGAUAAUGAUGGUAGGCUCCCCGAAACCUAUCACGAAGAUUGACACCUGAAUUAAGAUGAUACUAACGACUCUCUUUGUGCUACAGGUGAGCGACAUAGCGAUGAAGAUGCCAAGUGGAGGGAAAAUGAAGAUGAUGACUUCAGCGAUAGAACAGGUAAGCUUUAUGAUAGCAUUAUGGAGUCUGACAUCGGAAUUAAGAUAAUAAAAGUGACUAUCUUUUACGCUAAAGGUGAACUGGAUGGUGAUAAAGACACCGAAUGGAGUGACAAUGAGGAUGAUGACCUCAUCGAUAGUGAAGGUAAGCUUCAUGAAAGCUAUUAUGGGGAUUAAAAUUGCAAUCAAAAUGAUAUUAACUCUCCUUGUGCUUAAGAUGAGCUAGAAGGUGAUGAAGAUAUCGAGUGGAGGGACAGUGAGGAUGAUGACCUCAUUGACAGUGAAGGUAAGCCUCAGAAAACUUUGUUAUGGUGAUUGACAUCAAAAUUAAGGUGAUACUAACGGCUCUGUUUGUGCUAAAGGUGAGCCAAAUGGCUAUGAAGAUGUCGAGUGGAGUGACGGUGGUGAUGACUCUAUUGAUAGUGAGGGUAAGUUCCAUGAAAGUUAGGAUUUUUCUCUCAAUAACGCCAAUAGUAAUGAGCUCUUGGCAUUAAGGGUGAAUUUGAUGGAACGGAAGACCUUGAUCACCAUGAUGAUGAUAGAAUUGAUUACUCUGGUAUCGAAGAGGAGCUCGUUGAAAAUAAAGAUUCGAACCAGAAAGAGGAUGAUACACAGGACUCUUUCGAUUUUGAUGUUAAGCUUUGUUACAGAAGAUAAGCUCCAAGGUACGGGUGAUUCGAAUCAUAAAGAAGAUUUUGCUAAUGACUCUCUAUAUAUCUAAGGUGGUUUUGAUGAUAGAGAUUGGGACCAGAAUGAAGAUGACUACUCUUUCGGCACUGAGGAUGACCCUUAUGAAAGUAAACAUUCCAAACAGAAUGAAAGAAAUGCUGAUGACUCCUCUUCUGAAGGUGAAUCAAAUGAGAUUUUAGAUUCAAAUCAUCACGUAAAUGAUAUUGACAAUUAAUUCGAAACGAUUGCAGAUAUCGAAGGUGCUCUCGAUGCUAGAGACGACUUUCUAGAAACCGAAGCUUCAGAUCCAGAUACCGAAGAUAUUCGAAACGUCCCUAAAUUUGUGGAGUAUCACGCGCAAUUUGAAGAUACAGAGUGGAGUGAUGAUGAUGACAAGGAGGAUUCUGGAGGCUUUGGAGUUCAUAAUAAUAAUGAAGACUUAGAAACUGCAUGGUGGAAUGACAACGAUGAACACACUUUCGAUGAGUUUGAAAAUAAUUUGGAGGAAAUCUGAAACUUAAAGUGGAAUGAGAACUUUUCUUUUUUUUAUGAUAAUGAUGUUAAUUUGAUAACUGUCAACUUGCUUUCGUGGAAUCUAUAUUUUCGGGAGGGGGGUCU